AUGCUGUGGAAGACAGCAGCACCCUUGCUAGCCCUGGUGGGCCAGGUGCUGGUGCUGGAGAACGGGCUCAUGCGGAGGCCGCCCAUGGGCUGGCUGGCCUGGGAACGCUUUCGCUGCAACAUUGACUGUGAAGAGGAUCCAGAGAACUGCAUCAGUGAGCGGCUCUUCUUGGAGACAGCGGACCGGCUGGCACAGGACGGAUGGCGGGACCUGGGCUACACCUACCUCAACAUUGACGACUGCUGGAUUGGUGGGCGCGAUGCCAAAGGCCGCCUGAUGCCCAGUCCCAAGCGCUUCCCCAACGGCAUUGCCUUCCUGGCGGACUAUGCUCACUCCCUGGGCCUACAGCUGGGCAUCUACGAGGACAUGGGCAAUUUCACCUGCAUGGGUUUCCCAGGCACCACGCUAGACAAGGUGGUCCAGGAUGCUCACACCUUCGCCGAGUGGAAGGUGGACAUGCUGAAGCUGGAUGGCUGCUUCUCGACCCCGGAGGAACGGGCCAAGGGGUACCCCAUGAUGGCUGCUGCCCUGAAUGCUACAGGCCGCCCCAUCGCCUUCUCCUGCAGCUGGCCAGCCUACGAAGGGGGCCUCCCCCCCUUGGUGAACUACAGUCAGCUGGCAGAGAUCUGUAACCUGUGGCGCAACUAUGAUGACAUCCAGGAUUCCUGGAGCAGUGUGCUCUCCAUCCUGGACUGGUUUAUGGACCAUCAGGACAUUCUGCAGCCAGUGGCAGGCCCCGGACAUUGGAACGACCCAGACAUGUUGCUCAUUGGGAACUUUGGCCUCAGUUUCGAGCAAGCUCGGGCCCAGAUGGCCCUGUGGACAGUGCUGGCGGCCCCCCUCUUCAUAUCCACAGACCUGCGGACCAUCUCCGCCCAGAACAAGGACAUUCUGCAGAACCCACUCAUGAUCAAAAUCAACCAGGAUCCCUUAGGCAUCCAGGGACGCAGGAUUCUCAAGACGAAGUCCCUCAUCGAAGUGUUCCUGCGGCCCCUGGACAACAAUGCCUACGCCGUGGUCUUCUUCAGCCGCAGGACGGACAUGCCUUUCCGCUUCCACUGGUCCCUCUCCCUGCUCAACUUCACCAGCUCCAGCUUGUAUGAGGCCCAGGAUGUCUACACGGGUGGCAUUAUCAGUGGCCUCCGGACUGAAACCAUCUUCACAGUGAUCAUCAACCCUUCGGGGGUGGUGAUGUGGUACCUGUAUCCUAUCGGGAAGCUGGGAACACUUCCGCAAUGA